AUGUUCAAAUAUGGCUCGAACCUUUCCAAGGACCCUGCUAUUCUUACUGACCAGGACUCACAGGUGGAUGAAGGUGAUGAGAAUCCUGAGCGUGGAAACUGGUCCAACAAGACAGAGUACAUGCUCUCCAUGAUAGGUUUUGCUGUUGGACUGGGAAAUAUAUGGAGAUUUCCAUAUUUAACCUACAAACAUGGGGGCGGUGCCUUUCUCAUUCCCUAUUUCCUGAUGUUGGUUUUAUGUGGGAUUCCUCUUUUCUUCUUGGAAAAUGCCAUUGGUCAGUUCUGCAGCCAAGGUCCAGUUAACAGUUGGAGAGCAGUGCCGAUACUGCAGGGUGUUGGCCUUUCCGUGGUUUUAAUAAGCACGUUUAUGUCAAUUUACUACAACGUCAUCAUUGCCUACAGCCUGUACUACAUGUUCGCCUCCUUCCAGUCUCCUCUGCCGUGGGCCAGCUGCCUCAGUCUGCCUGACAGUAACUGCAGCACCAUGCCUAAAGUGACCAACUGGACUCAGGAAAACCGCACUUGUCCCUCAUCAGACACAAUCACAGUUCCCAUGCAGAGCCCGAGUGAGCAGUACUGGGACCGUGUGGCUCUGCAGAGAUCCAGCGGCCUGGAUGAAACAGGACCAGUAGUUUGGCAUUUGGCUCUCUGUCUGCUGCUGAGCUCCUUGAUUGUUGCUGCAGCGCUCAUCAGAGGCAUCAAGUCAUCAGGCAAAGUGGUUUAUUUCACAGCCACGUUUCCCUAUGUGUUGAUAUUGAUCCUGCUGAUCCGAGGUGUGACACUAGAGGGAGCCAGAGACGGGAUAGAGUUCUACAUUGGUUCACGAUCCAAUUUGACUAAACUGACAGAAGCACAGGUCUGGAAGGAUGCAGCAACUCAGACUUUUUUUUCCCUUUCCAUUGGUAUGGGUGGAAUUGUGACACUUGCUUCUUAUAGCAACUUCAAAAACAACAUGUUCUUGGACUCAAUUGUUGUAACCCUCUUAAAUCAUGCUACCAGUGUGUUUGCAGGCUUUGCCAUUUUCUCAAUUUUGGGUCAUAUGGCUCACAUCUAUGGAAAGCCUGUUGCAGCAGUGGUGAAGGAAGGAUUUGGCCUGGCAUUCAUUGCGUAUCCAGACGCCUUGGCUAAACUUCCCAUUUCCCCUCUCUGGUCCAUCUUGUUUUUUUUAAUGUUUGUCAUAGUGGGCUUGGACUCUCAGUUUACAAUUUUAGAGGUGAUCACCACCUGCCUGACGGAUGCUUUCCCUGCAAUCUUCAAAUCCAAACGUAUCUCAUUGACUAUCGGGACGUGUGUCACUGUCUUCCUCUUGGGCCUGCCAUGUUUAACAAGGGCAGGAAUAUACUGGGUGACUCUGAUUGACCAGUUUGCUUGCGGUUGGGUUCUGAUCAUUUCGGCUUUAACAGAAAUCAUUGGCUUCUGUUACAUAUAUGGCGGGAACAAUUUGAUUAAAGACAUUGAGAUGAUGAUUGGUAAAAAGAGCUUUUGCUUCUGGCUUUGGUGGAGAGCAUGUUGGUUCUUCGUCAGUCCAUGCAUCCUUGUUGUAAUCUUGGUCUGGUCUUUCAUAGCCUAUGUGCCCCCAUCAUAUGGAAAUGUCCAGUUUCCAGACUGGGGCUUGGCUCUUGGAUGGUGCAUGGCUGCGUUCAUCCUUCUCUGGGUCCCUGCCGUCGCUGGGUAUAAGCUGCUGAGAGCACACGGAAACCCCUAUAAGCGUCUGAAGUCUUUGUGUGCUCCCUCUGAGGAAUGGCAUCCCUAUCUGGACAUUCAUCGAGGAAAACGCUACUCGUAA